CCCGCCUCCUCCGGGCUGCCGUCGUCACAGCUGCUGCUGGAACCCGAGCGCAACUCUCAGCAUCGACGACCGCCAGCAGCUGGCCACUCUCUCUCUCUCCCCUCUCUCUCUGCGUGCUGCGGGACGGCUCGGUGCCGCCAGGAGCUCCGGUGAAGCGACAUGGCCUCCGACGGCAUGGACGAGCGGUCUCCGCUGCUGUCGGGCCCCAACUCCGAGAAUGUCACCCCCACUGCUCCCCCGUACCUGCAGGACUCGAGUCCCCGAGCUGAGCUACCUCCUCCCUACACCGCCAUCGCCAGCCCCGAUGCAAGCGGCGUCCCUGUCAUCAACUGCCGCGUCUGCCAGUCGAUCAUCAACCUGGAUGGGAAGCUGCACCAGCAUGUGGUCAAGUGCACAGUCUGCAACGAGGCUACACCCAUCAAAAAUCCCCCGACAGGAAAGAAGUACGUGAGGUGUCCCUGCAACUGUCUGCUCAUCUGUAAAGACACAUCCAGGAGGAUAGGAUGUCCCCGACCAAACUGCAGACGCAUAAUCAACCUGAGUCCGGUGAUGGUGAUCCCGGAGGAGCAACCCGCCCAGCCGGCGUUGCCUAUUCAGCCUGAGGGAAUGAGAGUCGUCUGCGGUCACUGUGGAAACACCUUCCUGGGCGGCGAGGACGCCGGGUCGUCUCAGCCAAUGUCUGGCCUCCCUGGCGAUGGCUCCCCCGCAGGACAGCAAGAGUGGAUGGAGCUUCGAUUUAACACACUAGCCAAGUGUCCUCACUGCAAAAAGAUAUCUUCUGUGGGCAGUGCUCUCCCCAGGAGGCGCUGUUGUGCUUAUGUAACUAUAGGAAUGAUCUGCAUUUUCAUCGGCGUGGGGUUAACAGUUGGUACUCGGGACUUUGCGAGACGCUAUAACGCCACCUAUGUGUCCUGGGCGUUCGCCUACCUGCUGGGCCUCAUCUGCCUGAUACGAGCCUGCUACUGGGGCGCCAUUAAAGUCAGCUACCCGGAGAAUAGCUUCGCCUAGAGCGGUCUGACAAAGCUGUGCACGGCCAGAAUGACAAACUUCUUUUUUUAAAAGCCCCUCCCCCAGUUUCUGAUUUGGUUUUCCACCUGGUGACGUUUGGCGAGGUGCAGCGCGUGUGGGCGGCGUUUCUUUAAAGAAGCUAGAGAUGUUUGUUAGAUCUUUGGAGUGUCUGACUUGCCGAGCAAACCCACUGCCUGUCAUCGUUCAGUCUGGUGCACAAAUAUUUAAACUCCAGGUAGUUUUUUUGGGGAGAAAUUAAAAAAUUGUUAUCAAGGACUUGAAGAUCUGUUGUUUUUCUUGAUGGUUGACGCAAACGCUGUUUGGGUUUAUUACUUAGUUGCUCUGAGCGACAAAAAAAACCUAAUUUUCUCGUUACUGACCAGAACCAUUGCACAACGAUUUUUAUGCAAUUUUGAGUUUUGCUGCGAGUUCAGCUCCAGCCGCAGGAACCUGCAUACUGUAAUGUUCUCGCCCGCAUUCUCAGAAAUAGUAUUACUUGAUGAUUUUAAUGCUAAAUGAUCCUUUUUCUUUUUAUUUUCCUUGCAUACCCACGCGUGCCAUCUUUGCAGCCCAGUGUUCAGAUCAACAGAAGUUUACUUUCUACUAAAGUAUUAAUUACUUCCUUUUAUGUGCGUGUUUGUGCUCGCUGCAUUUAAGUCGCCGCCAUAACCCGUUCAGGUCCUUGACAUGCUCAUAGUCCUCCCAGGAACUCGUGACCCGUCUGUGCAUGUUGACUUCGUGGUGUCCUCGAGGUGGUGUUUAGCUCCGUUUCAGACGGUUGUGAUGUUUCCAUCUUUGCUCCUGCAGCCUUUGGGUUUGAAUGUAAACCCGCCUCUUCUUCCCUGUGAGCUUUUGUCGCUGCUCCGGUGAACUCUUACCAAUGUCCUGACUUCUUACAGUGGGCGCCGUCCAAACCUGGUUUUGAAUGUGAUAAUGAUCAUGAAGCAGAAUAUAUAUAUUAAAACUUUGUACAUAGCUUAAAUUCAGUACUUGGAAAAUGUAAGUAGUUGGAGAUGGAAGAAGGUUCGUGGGUCUUUUUAAAAAUGAUAAUUUAUCAAUAAAAUUCCAAAACUA